AUGAGUUACCAAGCGAGCAAGGAAGCAAGUUCCGCGGGCAAGACAACCCUGUCACCGUCGGCGUGGGAUCUCGAUGCCGUACGCACCGUCAACAUCGAUGAGAGUGUCGUGGCGGGGACCUCUCUCGCCAAUUCGUUCGUCACGGACCCACUGAGCCUGUAUAUCUUGGACGGCCUCUCCGAGGAGCAGAAGAAAUGGGACCUCCAUGUCUCCCUCAUGACGACAGUCGUGGGCAUCCCACGCUCACGCCGGCCUGGUGACGACCAUCGGUCCCGGCUACGACGCCCUGGCUAUCUGGUAGUACAGCUCGUUUCCCGGGUGGAGGUGGGGUAG